CGUCUCAUCAUAUGUUAUCAGGACCUAUUUUCAAAAUUGAAUGACCAUCGUGGUUGCGUUUUAUUAGUGUAAUUGCUUUAUAUCAGAGGUGAGGCAAAUUGAUUUGUUAAGGAGAUGAGGAACAGGGAUUAUAAUAAAGAAGAGCUCUCCUUCAAAGCGCACCACAUUGCAAGCUUCAUUGAAGGGGAAGAAAAGCUUACAGCCUCUAGUGUUGUACAUCAUAUAAGCUUAUUACACAGAGGAGGUCGUAUUGACGAGACACCAUGUAAAGUCAGACUAGAUAAGAAGGGAAUUUUAAUUGAGUUAAAUUCUUCGGAGGAGGUCGUGGAAUUUUUUGAAUGGUCUUCCAUAAGCGACCAAGCAGCAAUUUUCAAACGUUCGGAAGACUUCCAAUAUGGAUAUCUUAUACUUUUUCGGUGCUCACAGUAUAAUGCAGAUCUCGAGCUUAAAGAUUCUGAAGUGCACGUCUUUAGUUGCGAAACGAAAGAUGAUGCUAAACUACUGGUUGACUCGAUAUAUAAUCAGAAGAACUCAGCCCUCGGACUCAACUCAAAUGGAGACGCUUCAAGAAGUCCUGAGGUAAAUUUGCGUCGCGGCAGGUCAGAAGAAAAAAUAGACUCUACAGGAUAUGAUGGUGGAAGAAACUUUUAUAUGCUUAACCAAUGUAUAGACGAUAUAGAAUGCUUUGAAAAUCGUCUAGAGAAAGCGAUCAAACGAAAGUCGUCUUACAACAGAAAUAGUUCAGCCGAAGGAGUUUCGAACAAUGUAAGUUUUCCAAGUAAACAAGACGCUCAAGAAAUUAUCAGAAAAGUUAAAUAUGCUUUUAAUUUGAAUGAACAAAUCCAACCACAUAUUCCAGAAGAAAUAUCAAAGAAAAUUUUCAUUCGACUAUUCAACACCGUUCAGUGGUUGGAUAAAGUUUGUCGACAUAAUAUUGUACCUGACUAUGACCAACAUAUGGUGCGUGAGGUCGUUGAACCUUUAUUGGAAGAUGCUACGCUUGCCACGAUUGCAAAAAGAUUACAAAAUAAAAUCGAGUUUUGGAAAGGACUUGGUCCUGCUUGGAAUACUCCACCUGAAAAAUGGAGCGAACAUCUCUCUCGGUAUUCCCCACAGUUUGCCUCUAAAUCUGUUAAUAAACGCCAAACAUGGCACGCUGAAGCUAACAUAGCAACGCCAAGCGUGGGAGAUGUUGAAAUAAAAGUAACACAAACAAUCUCACCACGCCAUUCUCCUAUUCCUUCUGAACGAGCCAGAACUCCUUCACCCGUGCGUCAAAUUGGCACGGAAACCGUACCUAUGGACAAUGUGAAUACAGCAGUAUUAAAUCUUACUAAUGUUACAGUGGAAAAAUCUCCAGAACAAAGAGUGAAGUCAUUGGAUCAACGUAGUAGCCACCCUCAACGUCGUUGGGAUGCUGAAGAAAAAUGGUGUGUUGUAAAUGUGCUACAUGUAGGUGCAAAACCUCAAGAGCUAACUGUACAACCAGGCGAUGUUCUACAAAUUCUAAAUAGUAGUAAAGGUGAUUGGUGGUUAUUGCAAAAUGAUGCAGGAGAAUCUGGUGAAGUACCGGCUUGGAAAUUAAAAGCUUAUAAUUAUCGACCAGAUCAUCCAACUACAGCUGGAUUAAAGAAAACUCCAUCGAUGAAUAAUUUAUUCAGUAGAAAAUCUACUGAAAUAUUUGGAAAUGAUGGUGAUAAUGUUAGUUUGGAAAAUCAUUCCAAUUUCCAGUCACAAAGAAAUAAUUCACAUACGCCCAAAAGUAUACUACGUGAUAAGUCUCCAACUAGGCAAACAGAUACUUCUGUUUUAAAUUUAAGUAUACCUAAUUCACCUACAGGACAAAAUUCUAACAAUGAUAAUAGAAUUAUGAAUGAUAAUGUUAAUAGCAAUGCUAAUAAUAACGUUAUGUAUAUAACACCAUCACAACUUCAGGAAGCAAUCAAAAUUAAUAGUAAUGUACCUAUGAUAUUAAUUCCAGUACCUAGUUUAUAUAGUAAUAAUCCCGAUAUGUCAGCGAUUAAUUGGUCUAAUCUAAUUAACCCAAAUACAAAUGGUGCUGAGUUAGCGAGAACUCCCAAUCCUGGUGCUUUAGGACCAGGCUGGAAACCAGCUCCAAUAUUGAGUACUUCAGCAACUGAAGCUUUGGGCUACUCUCCAUAUCCUUUCAAUUAUCCAACUCAUAUGCAUACUAUGACCAGAGAAUUGAGAGAAAGAUUGUCUAAAAUGCAACUUGGAGGAGGAACUGGUCUUAAAUCAGUGCCUAUACCCUCCACAACACUUGAUAAACCUGAUCAAAGGUUAUCAAAAUAUGCAUCCAAGGAAGAAGUUGCAGAAUGGUUGGUAGCUCAUCAAUUCUCGCCAAAAGCUAUAUCUGCUUUGAAAGGAUUUAAAGGAAUGGAUCUUUAUACAAUGAAUCGAACCCAAUUAGAGCAACAUGUUGGACCAGAGAGAUGCGAUGAACUAUUUUAUGCAUUCCGAGGCACCUAAUUCAAUUUCAAUAAUUAUUAAAUUAAUAAUUGUGUAAACUGUUCAUAUCAGAAGCUUAGCAAAAUCUUCAAAAUCCAGUCUUUUUUAAUCCUUCUCUCUGUUUUGAUCACCAUGUUGAUUAGUGACCAUUAGUUUGAGUUAAUAUGAAUGAUUCCUAACAGCAUUUCGGAAAAUUUAGAAACCAGUCUUUAUUAACAAUAUUAUUUCCCAUGAAUCAAUGCCGAAUGAGGUACUAAAAUACAGUUCUUUCUCGAAACUUAUACGUAACCUACUUAUACACCUGUUUCUAUGUAUUGAUAUUUCUAAUGCUAUAUUUGUGAAUGAAGGUUGCUUUUCAAACAAUAAUUUCCUGUUUUAUUACAUUUGGUUUAUAUUUAUAUAUAUAGAACAGCACAACUGCAACAUGAUUACAUUUUGUUCAUGUAAUCAGAAUAUCUGAAGUUUACUAUCAAAAAAUGAUCACGUUACUUUUAUACAUUUUAUUGAUUAUUUUGUCAAAGUUAUAAGUUUUAUUUGCACAAGGAUUUAAGAACGUCCGGUGUGAGAAAACCGCGGAAAAGCUCCAGAUUCGUUGUGAAAUGAAUCAUUUCAUUUUCGGAGUAUUUAAUCCAUAUUUUGCCUUCAAUCGAUCUAAUUCUUCUUUCUUUUUGUCUACAUCAGUUUUCUUGAAUUGCUACAAAAGGAAUGAGAAGCCGUUAAGAGCAACCAAAAAAUAUUAUGUACAUACGUAUAGUUAUAGUUAAAAAGAACCUG